GGCCCCGCCGGCCGGGAGCGAGGGGAGCGGCGAGCCAUGGCGGGCUCGGGGCUCUGGUUUUCGCUGCUGCUGGCGGCAGGGCUCGCCGGCCGGGUCGCGGCCCUCUGGCCCUGGCCCCAGUACAUCCAAACCUCCGAGUCCCACUACGCCAUCUUCCCGCACAACUUCCAGUUCCAGUACCACGUCAGUUCGACCGCGCAGCCGGGCUGCUCCGUCCUCGACGAGGCCUUCCAGCGCUACCGCGACCUCCUCUUCACCUCCCGCCCUUGGCAACCUCCUGAACCCACAAGAAAACAGCAUGCACCGGAGAAGAAUUCAUUGGUUAUCCUUGUGGUCACUCCUGGAUGUAACCAGCUUCCUUCUUUGGAGUCGGUGGAAAACUACACCCUGACCAUAAAUGAUGAUCAUUGUUUCCUCCUCUCUGAGACUGUCUGGGGAGCUCUCCGAGGUCUGGAGACUUUUAGCCAGCUUGUUUGGAGAUCUCCUGAGGGCACGUUCUUUAUCAACAAGACUGAGAUUGAAGACUUUCCCCGCUUCUCUCACCGGGGCUUGUUGUUGGAUACGUCUCGCCAUUACCUGCCACUGACUAGCAUCCUGGACACUCUGGACGUCAUGGCAUACAAUAAAUUCAAUGUGUUCCACUGGCAUCUGGUCGAUGACUCUUCUUUCCCAUAUGACAGCUUCACUUUUCCAGAGCUUACCAGAAAGGGGUCCUACAAUCCUGCCACCCAUAUCUACACGGCACAGGAUGUGAGGGAGGUGAUUGAAUAUGCACGACUUCGGGGUAUCCGUGUGUUGGUAGAGUUUGACACUCCUGGCCACACUCUGUCCUGGGGACCAGGUGUCCCUGGAUUAUUGACUCCUUGCUACUCUGGGUCUCAUCCCUCUGGCACCUUUGGACCAGUGAAUCCCAUUCUCAACAGUACUUAUGAAUUCAUGAGCACAUUUUUUCUGGAGGUCAGCUCUGUCUUCCCGGAUUUUUAUCUUCACCUUGGAGGAGAUGAGGUUGAUUUCACCUGCUGGAAGUCCAACCCAGAUAUCCAGGCCUUUAUGAAGAAGCAAGGCUUUGGUAAUGACUUCAAGGAGCUGGAGUCUUUCUACAUACAGACGCUGCUGAACAUCGUCUCUGCCUAUGGCAAGGGCUAUGUGGUGUGGCAGGAGGUGUUUGAUAAUAAAGUAAAGGUUCGGCCAGAUACAAUCAUUCAGGUAUGGCGGGAAGAGGCGCCAGUACAUUAUAUGAAGGAGAUGGAGCUGAUCACCGGAGCUGGCUUCCGCGUCCUGCUCUCUGCCCCCUGGUACCUGAAUCAUAUAACUUAUGGCCCUGACUGGAGAGAGAUCUACAUGGUGGAGCCCCUGGAAUUCAAAGGUAGCCCUCAGCAGAAGGCUCUUGUGAUUGGUGGAGAGGCCUGUAUGUGGGGGGAGUACGUAGACAGCACCAAUCUGGCCCCCAGACUCUGGCCCAGGGCAGGGGCUGUUGCUGAGAGGCUGUGGAGCAACAAGUUGGUGACUAGCUUGGACUUUGCCUUUAAACGUUUGACACAAUUCCGCUGUGAGCUCCUAAGCCUCCACCAUUGCUCCCUUGGGCCCACUGAUCAUGAGCACGUUGACCUGAAGAUCCUCAUCAGACCUGCAGCUGCUGAGGGAUCAGAGGCAAUGCCUGCAGCCUCUGCCCAGUCUGUUCUAGUGCACAGAAUCACUGCUUCUCCAUCUCCUCCUUUUUCACUUGGGCUGUGCAUUUAGUGCCCCACCCUGACAGGGCCCACCGCCUCCAGCCUGCUCAUGUUCCUUUUGCACCACUAGGGGGCGAGGAAGUGCCCAGACUGAUUUCCUGACUUCAUCUUAGUGCAGAGUCCGUGCGCUCUCUUAGGAAUCUUAGUAAGGACGCAAAGCAGGCCUAAUGGGGGUACAAGUAAAGGAGUGAAUGGAGGCUGGAAGGACACGCAGCGUCCCCUCUCCUUGGUAGGAGUUGAGCUCAAGUGCCAGAUAGCCCGCGCCCUUGGAAUCUAGGUGCACCUUGGUGCAUUAGCAUAGGGAUGGGAAAGCAGAGGACCUGACAGCACAGGGGAAUAGCAAGGGGGUUCAGAAAGCCGAAUGACAAUGGGAAAGGGUGAAAAGGGGUUCUGUGGAUAUAGACUGACUUAAUUUAUACUGAUGUACAUAUACACACACGGUGGCAACAUUGCUGCAUUCGAAAGUUUAGGUUUUUAUAGUUUUGUCAACAUCACUUGUAAGAUUAAUCAAUACAGGCCAUGACAAUUGUGUUUCAUAUACUUUUUUUUCCCCACUAAGAAAGAAAAUAAGUAGGAAUUGGGUACUUGGUUAAAAUCAUUCUGUAUUUUUUCUUAUAAAUGAAUAAACUCUGAAAAUUU